AUGGCGACUGGCCCUGCUGUCCUCACAGAGAUGCAGUCGUUGCAGAACAGUGGUCAGCCAGCGGCACAACGUCGCCGCCUUGAGAAUGGCUCGGUCGAUGUGGCCGCCUCUAGUUCUACUGAUCCUUUGGUCCAGGAUUUGCUUCGGUUGACUUUGUACCGCAGCCAAGACGUGCAGGCUUUGCUGCACAGCAAUUCCUUGCGUUUCCUGCUCACAACUGAUGAGACCAAGACCUCCGCGGCCAACGCUAUGGCGUCCUACAAGCACAAGCAAGAGGAACAACACGGAGGUGACAUUGCUGCAGCACGUGCCGCUGCCCGUGCUAAAGGCGAGGCCUUGGCUCCACACCCGUGGGGCCACAAGAAGUACUUCAACCUGGUGAUGCUGACCAAAACAUUCCUUGAAAAUGGAGAUCAGUGGACCUUGGAGCAGAAAGCCGCGGCAGAUCGAUUGGUGAAUUUGUCUCCUGACCAAGUCGACCUUGAAGUGGCAGCCUGUUCCUCCAAGUUUAGUAGCCCGAUGGACAAUCGCACUUGGAAAUUCUCUCUUUUCUUGACAGCAGCCGCUUCGGAUGAGACCCGCAACGACAUCCGCACUUUGUUGCAGGCCAAGUCCACCAAGAUGAAGUUUGAACCAUCUCGUGACGGAGGUGGCUGGACACACGAGUCAAUGGAUGCCCGGGCUCCUGGGAGCUGUUUGCAUCCGUUGGCCGUCGGUAAGCUUCUGACCACGUUUUUGACAGCACUACGACCUCUUCGGACUGGGAUGAGCAGCAUUCUGAGCGUAUCCGUCAGGAACUACGACUACUCGCUGCACACCAUCAUCCACUUCACGCAUGUUCUUUCAGGAUGGCCUGACUGGAAGCGCUUGGGGCGACUGGGCCAACUACACUACCUCUCCUCCGCUGCUAACCUGAAUGCCAGCGCCCCGACCGAUUUAGUGCAACCCAGAAUUACUGUUCCUGCUCCCAAAGUUCAACAAGUUGUAGCAGAUCGAAUCCAAUCGGCUGAGUCCAGUGUCUUGUCCAAAGUCAAUGAUAUCACAGAUGCGCUUCGUGAACAAAUGCAACAGGAGCUCGCUGCUUUGAAACAACAGCAGCAAAGCACUGAUGCAAAAAUGAACCAAACAAUUCAGCAGAUGGCCGUUACCAACCAAAAGAUGGAUGAGACGGUUAAUCAUGUCAAAACUAUGGAGACUACGGUCACAUCCAAGUAUGAUGAACUCCGCAAGCAGAACAAAGACAUGGAAGAUAAGCCGGAAAGAACUCGCAGCAUGCGAGUACCCAACUGUAUUGACAAAAGUACCACGGUGAAGCUCUUGAACACACAAGCCUUGUCACCAUAUGACAAGGGCAUUUUAAAAGCUAUUUUUGCAGACGGCAUUACCACUCAAAAGCAUUUGUUUGUCAUGAAGAAAGUCAGCUACUCAUGGUUUGUAACCAUGAUCAAACGCAAUAAGUUUGUUCAUUCCAUGAAUGGCAAUAUGGUGCCCCAAUUCCACAACUCUGUGCGCAAAGGGUAUGGAAAAGGGAAACAGACAAAGGGAAAAACCAAUGCUGAACAAGAAGAGCUCUCCUUCCAAGAGGAAAUCCGCAAUUCCUUACCAGAUGCUGCGAUUCAGCGUAUGCAGCCGCAGCUGUAUCCCGAUGACUGGGAUGUACCGGUUCGCUUUCCACAUGACAUGCACGCACAACCUGGGGUAUAUGUCCGAAUUCAGGUUCGCACUAGUGAAGCCGAGAUCAAAGAAGUCACAGUCAAGCGUUUUCUGAUUCAAGUCGGUUUUGGAGCCGAAGUAUCUCAAACGAUUGUUGGAGAUCAGGACCUUCGUGCAACUUUCAUGAUUCAUGAAAGUUUCGUGACACAGCUUAUGAAAACCAGUGGCCGUGAAGGUGUCUUUUUCAAAAUCCACAGCAGUUCCGAAGCCGGUUAUCAGUUCGAGCUUCUUUGGUUACCGGAUGAUGUCAGUCAUGAACAAGCUUUGCAACAUGCUGAAUCAGACAAAGUGCUAGGCCUUGUCGCAAAAAAUGCCAAACAGAAACCAAAAUACGCCCUGCGCUUCAGUUCCAUGCAAGACCUGCAAACAUUUGCUGAGCAAUAUGCCCUUCCCAACUCAGCGUCACAAAGUCGCUGGCGCUUGGAUGGUUUGUCGCCCAUUCUUGGGUCUGCAGGUGUGAUCACCCUAUUAGAAGACCGUCAGUGGGUCAUUGACUCGGUAUUAUAUUUUGGUGAACGCCACUGUGUCUUCACAGCCAGCACUGUGGGAAAUCUCACACCUAUGUUUUACGAAGUCGAUGGUGAAAGUCAGCAGAUGCGAUUCAAAGCUUUGAGCUUAUCAGCCAGAAAUUCUCAAAUUGAAGCAAACAAAAAAGCAAAGAGCCAAGCCUCUAGCAGUGCUGCUGCUACGGCAACUAAUUUUGGGCAACAGAAAGCAUCUUGGUUGAGAUCAUUACGACCCAAGCGUGAAGAAGCUGCUAUCCCGGUAUCACCUGCGAAAAAUGAAUCUGGAAAACGACCUGCGCCAGCCAAGACCGGUGAAACACCACCAGGCAAGCAAAACAAGGAGACCUGA